AUGGUUGACUCCUUCUCCAUCUACAAGACAGCUCUCCUGCUUUGCAUGCUGGCCACCAGCAAUGCGCAGCAGGUCGGCACUUCCCAGGCUGAAACGCAUCCCAGCUUGACCUGGCAAACUUGCACCGGCAGUGGUAGCUGUACCACCACUACCGGCAGCGUGGUCAUUGAUGCCAAUUGGCGCUGGGUGCACGAAGUGGGUGGCUACACCAACUGCUACACCGGCAACACCUGGGACACUUCCAUCUGCGAUACCGAUGUCGAGUGCGCGGCCGACUGUGCCCUCGAGGGUGCCGAAUACUCCAGCACCUACGGUGUGACCACCAGCGGCUCGUCGCUCCGUCUCAACUUCGUCACCACCGCCUCGCAGAAGAACAUCGGUUCGCGUCUGUAUCUCUUGGAAAAUGAUAGCACCUACGAGACUUUCCAGCUGCUCAACCGGGAAUUCACUUUCGAUGUGGAUGUCUCCAACCUUCCCUGCGGUCUGAACGGCGCCCUCUACUUCGUCUCCAUGGACGCUGACGGUGGCGUUUCCCGCUUCCCCACCAACAAAGCGGGUGCUAAGUACGGCACUGGGUACUGCGACUCCCAAUGCCCGCGGGAUCUCAAGUUUAUCGAUGGCGAAGCCAACGUUGAAGGCUGGGAGCCAUCUGCAACCGACGUCAAUGCCGGUACCGGUGACCACGGCUCCUGCUGCCCGGAGAUGGACAUUUGGGAGGCGAACAGCGUUUCCAACGCCUUCACCGCCCACCCGUGCGACUCGGUCCAGCAGACCAUGUGUGAGGGCGAUGCUUGCGGUGGCACCUACAGCGACGACCGCUAUGCUGGCACUUGUGAUCCUGAUGGCUGCGACUUCAAUCCUUACCGCCUGGGUAACACCGACUUCUAUGGCCCGGGAAAGACCGUCGACACCAGCCAGUCCUUCACCGUUGUGACCCAAUUCAUCACCAGCGAUGGCACCGACACCGGUAGCCUGAGCGAGAUCCGCCGCUUCUACGUGCAAAACGGCGUGGUGAUUGGCAACGGCGCCUCCACCUACACGGCUGCAAGCGGCAACGCGAUCACCGAGAGCUUCUGCACGGCCGAGAAGACUCUGUUCGGCGACGAGAACGUCUUCGACACCCACGGUGGACUGACCGGCAUGGGCUCCGCGCUGGGUGACGGGAUGGUCCUGGUGAUGAGUCUGUGGGACGACCACGCCGCCGACAUGCUCUGGCUCGACAGCGACUACCCGACCACCAGCUCGGCCAGCAGCCCGGGUGUUGCUCGCGGUACCUGUUCGACCACCACCGGCAAUGCCACCUACGUCGAGGACACCUACCCCAACGCCUAUGUCACGUAUUCCAACAUCAAGUUCGGUACCCUCAACUCAACCUUCUCCGGCUCGACCUCCAGCGGCUCCAGCACGACCCUCACCACCAAGGCCUCAACCAGCACGACCAGCACGACCAGCACGACCAGCACGACCAGCACCAAGACAUCGACCUCGACCACCAGCUCCUCCACCAAUGUGGCUCAGAAAUACGGUCAAUGCGGUGGCCAGGGCUGGACUGGGCCGACCACCUGUGUCAGCGGAUCCACUUGCACCUAUAGCAACCAGUACUACUCUCAGUGCUUGUAG